AUGGUAUUAAAGACAUUUUUGAUCAGUCAAGAUAAAAAUCGAAAAUAUCGUCUCAAUGGUGUCAGGCCAUCUACUCGUCUACCGAUCAAAGAACCAUUGUGUCAGAUAUUUCGUGAUCAUCUUAUCUACAGUUCUGACCAAUUACCACCUAAAACUGACCUUCGAGAACAUAUGACACCAGUCGAAGAUCAAUCAAAAAUUGGUAGUUGCACAGCGAAUUGUUUAGCUGGAGCAUAUGAAUAUUUGACAAAGAAAGAAAAUGGUCUUAAUAUUCAUGUUAGUCGUUUAUUUAUUUAUUACAAUGGUCGUACCAAAGAGAAUCACAAUGAGUAUGAUAUAACAGAUUCAGGAUGUACAAUGACAUAUGUUAUCGAAGCAGUUGAAGAAUUUGGUACUUGUCUUGAAUCAAUCUGGCCAUAUGACAUUUCAAAAGUUAAUAUGCGUCCAAAUGAUGAAGCCUACCAAAAGGCGAAACCUCAUAAGAUCACUGAAGCAUUUCAAAUUAAUAUUGAUUUGCAUGAAAUGAGAUCUUGUUUAGCAUAUGGUUUUCCAUUUGCAUUUGGUUUGAAACUUUUUUCAUCAUUUGAUCAAGCAGCUCGUUCUGGUAUCGUACCAAUGCCAAGUAAAUUCGAUCUUAAUCGACAAUCAGAUGGCAAUCAUGCUCUUUUAGCUGUCGGUUAUAGUGAUCAAUCACAAUCAUUUAUUGUUCGAAAUUCAUGGGGAGAAGAUUGGGGAGAUAAAGGCUAUUGCUAUAUUCCAUAUGGUUAUAUGACAAGUUCUGAUCUUUGUUUUGAUGUUUGGACCGUUCGAAAAGUGGCUAAGACUCAUUUUGGUAAGGAGCAUUGGGAUCAUGAUGACUCAAUUGAUUACAGACAAAUGGACGAUGAUGAUAAUAGUAAUGAUAAUAAUGAUAACAAUCCUGCAAUCGAAGAUUUAGAAGAUGAUGAUCAAUAA